UAUCGAUGGAAAGUCAUAGUCAACCCAAAUUUGAAAUUCAGCAAAGAUCAGAUUCAUCACCUGGAAUAGUUAAUGUUCUAGAAGCAAUUAUCACACUUUUAACCAAUUUCCUUGGAUUUCUGGACGGACGAUCAACAAUAGAGGAUCUAGUUUCUGCCAUUCAGAAUUUAUUUUUCACCGUGCAGAAAAUGAUUAAUGUGGAGUGGUUUGUGAGACAAAUCCCGUUCGUUGGGUCGUAUCUUGGGCCAAUGGUCGGAGGAGUCGGUACGAUACUAGAAGAUAGUGGAAUGCUUGGUGGUUUGAUUUCCCAAGUUUUGGUAGGCCCAACAUAUCCCAAGUCAGUACAACCUCCACCUCGAACCCUACCAAAAUCGGAAAAUAAUAACGGUGGUAGUGUAUUCGGAGGAUGGUUGGGUUAGGGUUAUCGAUGAUAACAUAUAAAUCAAGUGGUGUGACGUCAGAAAACCGAAAAUAAUUCUCGGAAGAUAGCUGACUCGCGACUUCAUUACAUUAUUGUGAAAAUCAAAAAGUUCCUGCUCUUAUUGAAUAUAAUAAAAGUCAUCGAACUAUUGAA